UUGCUUUAUUCCAAAGUUUGAAGUCCAUGUAUGCCUUGGCCGACAGUUGACAAGUACGGCCGUAUUAGCGUGCGUUGAAGUAUCAUGCCCUCUGGCGAUUGACCGGACAACUCUUUCUUCUCAAAGAGAGUUCUUUGUCUUCUCUUCCCAUUACAAACAACAUUAACAAAAAGAUAAUUCACCUAUUUUUGCCUCUGCCAAUCUUUCUCUGCAUUUCUUCUUCGAUCCUUUCGUAUCUUCUUAUCCUUGCCCUUCCGGAUUUGGAUCCGCUCUUAUCGAAAUUCCAAGUUGUGCGACACAGCCAGAACAACUGAUUCGCAACUUCAGAUUCCAAUUGCAUGCCACAGCUUCACAUCUCUCUCUAAUCCAUGGGGGAGUGGGUCAUUGGGGCUUUCAUCAACCUUUUUGGCAGCAUUGCCAUCAACUUUGGAACUAACCUUCUUAAAUUGGGGCAUAAUGAGAGAGAGAGGCAUUCAAUGCUAGAAGGUGAUGGAACAAAUGGAAAGCUUCCUUUGAAACCUAUUAUAUACUUCCAGACAUGGAGAGUUGGCUUUUUAUUUUUUGUUCUUGGAAAUUGCCUAAAUUUUAUAUCCUUCGGAUAUGCUGCUCAGUCACUUCUGGCGGCACUGGGAUCUAUUCAAUUUGUAUCCAACAUUGCAUUUGCUUACUUUGUCUUAAACAAAAUGGUGACUGUCAAGGUAAUGGUUGCCACAACCUUUAUCGUUCUUGGGAACAUUUUUCUUGUUGCUUUUGGCAACCACCAGUCUCCUGUGUUCACACCAGAGCAGCUAGCUGAGAAAUUUAGCAACAUUACAUUCCUUCUUUACUGUCUGAUUUUGAUUUUGAUUGUUGCAGUACAUCACUCCAUUUACAGGAGAGGAGUACUUCUCCAUGCAGUUUGUGGACAUGAUCUGAGAUCGUAUUGGCACAUGCUGCUUCCUUUUUCCUAUGCCAUAGUUUCAGGUGCUGUAGGGUCAUUCUCAGUGUUGUUUGCAAAAUCUCUCUCUAAUCUGCUACGGUUGGUGAUGUCUAGCAGUUAUCAGUUACAUAGCUGGUUCACAUAUUCCAUGCUCCUUCUAUUUCUAAGUACAGCUGGAUUUUGGAUGGCUAGGUUGAAUGAAGGAUUGUCACUGUUCGAUGCAAUUCUUAUUGUUCCUAUGUUCCAGAUUGCUUGGACAUUCUUUUCCAUUUGUACAGGAUUUGUAUAUUUUCAGGAGUACCAGGUAUUAAAUGCACUAAGGACGACGAUGUUCAUUCUCGGAAUGAUGUCUGUGUUCGCAGGCAUAUCUUUGCUGGCACCUGAUGAAUCCAAAGGUGGUGACGUCAAAGAUAAUUCAUCUUUAGUUUCUGUAAGCAUUCCAAAAGAAGUGGACAGGAUUGUUGUGCCAUCUGAGGAUAUACAAACCAGGGAUACAAGAUCAUUUGUGCAAGGAAUCCUGAUGAAGAUUUCAGAUGCACUAGUGAAGGCAAAGACUGCUUGUGCAUUAUCUUUAGGAUUUGGAGAGGAUUCAAUCAAUGCAUCUGCAGUGCUUGUGAUGCCUAUGGUGUCAUCAAAGAUAACAGGCUUUAGAGGAAAUGGAUUUGACCGUGCCAAGAUUUUCUCCAUGAGAAAUUCCGGUUGGACCAAGAUCUCUAUGGAUGAAGAUGCUACAAAAAUGCUAGAGACAAGCCCUAUGCUCUCUGAAAGCCCGUGAUAUGAGUAUUAACAUUGCAUUAGGGGGAAGUAUAUCCGUUUUGUUGUCUUUGUAGAGAUACAUGUUGUUAGGAUUCAUUGAUUUUUUCUAUUUAUUGAACAUCACUGUUUCCUCAGCAAGGUGUAAUAUGCCACGCCAUUGUAUAUUCUUUCUCAUAUAGCCGACAGAAAUGACAUUAUGCCAUUGUUUGACUAGAAUUUUUUUACAUUAAUGGAUGUACUAAGUGGCAAAUGAAUUAUAUACUGGCACACAGUAUAUCAUUGACUAUUGGCUGUA